CCUAACACGGAUCGUAACGCUGCGUUGGAAUACAUUUGGACUUUUUUGCUGUUGUUCCAGACGCAGAUACAGAGAAGACUGUGAUACACGUGUGGUAUUCAAGGUCCCAGGUGGCAGAGAUAAGAUUGUUGUCACAGAAAUAAACGCUCAGCAUAGUCAUUUAGCAGAGAAGCACAUGGAUGAUUUGAAGACCAGUCCAUCAUCAGGCUCCCUGGCAGUGUCCGACGGGUGUACUGUGCAACCUUCAGUCGAUGCUGGUCAGCUCUCGGAGUCAGCAAAGCCCUUCAAACACACAGAGCACCCAGUCAAGUCACCAAGGAGACGGAGGGAAGGCAAGAGAUCGCUGCGUCGAGGAAGUAGUCAUGAACAGCUGCCCUGGGAGAUUGAGCGGCGGAGGUUGCCAGGCCAACACGAGCAUUCUGAGCUUUCCAACUCAAUGACUGACACAGUGGAAAGCUCACCUAAGAGGAGAGCUCACUUUCUCCAUGGGCCGUACCCAGCCACUCACUUUGGACCUAAAGCUUGUAUUCUUCCCAACCCGACAUCUGUCAUGCAUAUCCAAGACCCAGCAAGCCAGCGGCUCACCUGGAAUAAGCCUCCAGUCAAUGUGCUUGUCAUCAGGAAAAUUAGAGAUGAGAGUUUGGUGGAACCGUUCAAAGAGCUUUGCAGGUUUCUGGUGGAGGAGAAACAGAUGAUGGUGUAUGUGGAGCGCAGAGUAGCAGAUGAUGCUAGUCUGUCCAAAGAUGAGGCCUUUGGCUCCAUUCGCAACCAGCUCUGCACUUUCAGAGAGGGUUAUGAUGAUAUCUCUGACUGCAUAGACCUGAUCAUUUGUCUGGGUGGAGAUGGAACACUGCUCUACGCCUCCUCUCUCUUUCAGGGUAGCGUCCCUCCAGUUAUGGCUUUCCACCUUGGUUCUCUAGGCUUCUUGACACCUUUCAAGUUUGAAUCAUACAAAACAGAAGUGGACAAAGUAUUUGAAGGCAAUGCGGCCAUCACACUGCGGAGUCGUCUGAAGGUGAAGGUGGUGAAGGACAUGCUGCAGAGGCCGGGGCAGAAGGAGCAAAACGGACUGCUACUACACAGACAGGCAAAUCCAGAAGCUGGCAAGGUCACCCUGCAGCUACAGGUGUUAAAUGAGGUGGUGGUGGACAGAGGACCCUCCUCCUACCUGUCGAAUGUCGACUUGUACCUUAAUGGGCGACUCAUCACCUCGGUGCAGGGAGACGGUGUGAUUGUGUCCACACCUACAGGCAGCACGGCCUAUGCAGCUGCAGCGGGAGCGUCCAUGAUCCACCCCAAUGUACCAGCCAUAAUGGUCACCCCCAUCUGCCCACACUCGCUCUCCUUCCGACCCAUCGUGGUGCCUGCAGGGGUGGAACUCAUGAUCACAUUGUCGCCUGAUGCCAGAAACACCGCCUGGGUGUCGUUUGAUGGCAGAAAGAGACAGGAGAUCCAACACGGCGACUGUAUCAAGAUCACUACGUCUUGCUACCCGGUUCCGUCUAUUUGUUGCCAUGACCUGGUGUAUGACUGGUUUGAAAGCCUGGCUCAGUGUCUGCACUGGAACGUGCGCAAGAGGCAGGCCCGGCUGGUGGACGCAUCAGACUCCUCAGACACAGAAAACUGAGCGGGUGGCUGCUUCUCCUCCGGAUGACACCACAUCAGCGUUAGGAAUGUGCAUGUGCACUCAAGUACUGUAAGUACUGCGUUCUGUACCCCAAGUGAGCAUCUCAUUACAUUCCAGUACUUACUGUUAGAUAUGUAUCAGCUAGAAAUGUAAAAAAAUAGCAGUCGCUGACAAUCCGAAGCACCUUGUGAAUAUUCUGAGGUUUUGGUCAGUGAAGGUUCUCAGACGUCCAGGCUGGAAAUAUCUAGAAGUUUGCAGCAACUGGACUUCUUUUGUUAGGCUUCAAGAUGUUUCAUCUCUCAUUCAACUGUCAUCUUCAGUUAAAAAAAAAAGAAGCUGUGAAUGAAACCUGUUUAUUUUCUUAAUUUACUACACUUAAAUACAUACAGUAACAAAACUUUACUUGUGAUGCUUCAGUGUUAAAGUAAGGCGAGUUUCUGCUCUGCAAGCCUGUGAGUGUAAAUUUGUACAUAGAAAAGUACAAGAUGCAGUUAUUUUAUGUAUUAUUUAUAUAUUUUCAACAUGAGAGCUUUAAUGUACUUGUAAAAGUUGCACAUUAAUGCAUUUUGUAGCUGAAAGUUGCUUUUCAUUUCCCCAGUUCUUAAACAUACUCCAGGUUACUUUGAACAGCAGGUUGUAUGUGUGCAAUGCAAAAAUGGAAUUGGUGUUUGUAAAGAUGGAAUAUUGUGAAAGUAAAGUUUAAAGGCUUUGCA